AUAAAGUUACGGAUAAUUUAAUUUAAUGUAUUGGCAUGAGUUGUCGUUAAGUUGAGGCUUAUACGUUUCCCAAUCCCAAUUCUUUCAUGAAUGAAGCAAUAAGAGUUAUUUCUUUUGCUUUUAAGGGAUCUCUUCUCUCUCUUCUCUUGAAUUAUCAUCAUGGCUAAGAGUUCAUUCAAGAUGGAACACCCCCUUGAGAGGAGACAGGCUGAAGCAGCUCGCAUAAGAGAGAAGUAUCCCGAUAGAAUUCCAGUAAUUGUUGAAAGGGCUGAGAAGAGUGAUGUUCCAGAUAUCGACAAGAAAAAGUAUCUGGUUCCUGCGGAUCUAACUGUUGGCCAAUUCGUGUAUGUGGUCCGAAAGAGAAUCAAAUUGAGUCCAGAGAAGGCCAUCUUCAUUUUCGUGAAGAACAUUUUACCGCCAACAGCUGCUAUGAUGUCUGCAAUAUAUGAGGAAAACAAGGAUGAAGAUGGAUUCCUGUAUAUGACUUACAGUGGGGAAAACACGUUUGGUUUGGGAUGUUGAUGUGAAAAAUUCUUAAGUGGCAAUCAUGUAAAUAGAACUUAAAAUAUAUCCUAUUUGAAAUUGUUAAGCUUUCCUUUAACAAUUUAUCGGGAAGGUCAUGAUCCGAUCCAUGUCAGUCCUUAUCAAAUAUGCAACGUUGAAAAUGACGUAUAUGUUUAUAUGUAAUUGCAAAUUGACGAAAUAUAAUAUAUUAAUAUUAUACACA